CCCUUGCAUUUCGAGCAGUCAAGAGCUCUGGAGCGCCAUGGGCUCAACGAUGCCCCAGCAAAUCAGUGACCAGCAUUUCGCCGGGGAUAGGAUCGGUCGGCGUGCUUUAUCCGACGCUUUCGACGAGUCCGGACUCAGAUAUAAGAAGAAAGUGGAGGGAAUCUCACCGGAGCAGCGCGCCAAAAAUGAGUAUGACGAAAUGUCUUUGACCUCGAGACGAAUGAUGAUCGCCGGCGGCUUCCUCGAUAUCGCUCUGUUCACAACAAAUUGCGAGCAGCUCAAAUUUGCGAUUGACAGCAAAGAGCUCUCGAACAUCGGUAGAUACCAAUUCGUAAUCGUCAUGCUCGCCGUCUCUUUGACACUCCAGGGCAUUAUGGCUAUCCUAUUCUUCGCCAGCGGUUUCUUUAGCGAGAUCAAAGAGAGUUCUCGGAAACGGCGGCGGAUCAUCAAUCAUGUGAUUCUGAUAAUGGUCGCUCUCGUGACGCUGGUCAAUAUUGUGAUCACAACAUUCUCCAACAAAGCAGAGAUCGCGAAGUUCUGCAUGAGCAUGAAGCAAAUAGCUGACAAUAUCCACGGCGAUGACGUCCCAUUCGAC